AUGGGGGCUGAAAUGCAAAAUGAAGGAGGGGCUGAAACCAGGGGGCUCAAACGCUGCCAGAUAUGGGUCGCUUCUUCUUCCUCGUCGGCGCCGACAACACCAACCUCCAUCAUUGAAAAAGCUGGUGUGGCUCACAAGAUCAACUUCAAAGAAGGACAUGUUCUUCCUUUUCUGACGAGCUUCUUAAAAAAUGAGAAUAAGAAGGGAACGUUCAAUUUUGUUUUUGUGGAUGGUGAUAAGAACAAUUACUUGAACUAUCACAAGAGAGUAAUUGAUCUAGUGAAAGUGGGAGGUCUGAUUGGAUAUGACAACACCCUAUGGGUUGGAUCUGUGGCUGCGCCUCCUGAUGCAUUGUUGAUGGAUUACAUUAAGCCUCUUCGCAUCUAUGUGUUGGAGCUGAACAAGUACUUGGGACAAGAUUCAAGGAUCGAGAUUUUCCAGCUCUCCGUGGGUGAUGAGAUUACCUUAUGUCGCCGCAUCAUCUGA